AUGCAUUCCCUCAGAGCCACAUCCCUCCUCCUCCCACUCCUCUCCGCAGGGUCAGCGCUCGCGCAUUCCCGCUGGGGCCCGACCUCAAUCGCCAGCCCAUGUCAGUCCGUCGAGAUUUCCGCCGAGUGGCGCGAAACCAUCAUCUCGAACUGGCUCACGAUCUGGAACGACGUCGACUUCUCGCUGCUGGACGUGACCGUCUCCCCGGAGAUCGUCAUCUACCAAGACCGCUUUGCGACGGGGACGGGCAACGGCUCGAUUGAGUUCCCCGUCAACAAUGUGACAGCCUUUCAGAGGUUCGUGGAAGGCUCGCGCGCCGGAUUUAGUAAGUAUGCCUUUGAGGCGACGAGGUAUUUUGGAGAGGACGAUCUCGUGGCGCUUGAGUGGACGCUCAACGCGAUUGUUGAAUCUGGUCAGGGGACUGCUGCGCCUGGCACGGCCAUCUCGUACAACGGAACCGACAUCUUCGUGCUAGAUCGCUGCGACGGCGUAGUGAAAGAGGUUCGAAGCCAUCAGGACUUGAUCAGAUAUUACAAUCAGCUGGGUGUAGAUGUUGGGACACCGUGA